UACACACGAGAUUGUUUUGAUUUUUGGAUGAUGCUACUCGAAUUACUUACCAACAGAUUAUGCCAGCGUUUUGCACAACAGGGCAUUUGUCACCUUAUAUUAACUAGAAGCAGGGCUAAGGGAUAUCCACUGAAAAUAGCAUAGCUUGAUGUGUCAAACUUUUAUAGAAAAUGCUGUCAGGUAUCAAAAAGAGGAAGGCUCCUCAUCCGGCUGUGGCAGAAGCUAGGAAACAAAGCAACACCAAUGAUAACAGUGCCAGCAUGAAAGAGCUAGGAUCAGCUUCUACAUCAAACAUGUCAGAAACUCUGGACUCCUUUGACAAUGAGGUCGCCUUCUUUUCUGAUCUACAUACUGGUAGAAAUGGUGUUCCUCAGUCUCCUAGAGCCUCUUCAGUUUAUGGUCAAUAUCAUCUAAAUUUGGACAUAGAUGAUGCCAUUCCACAAACUGUUUCACCAAGAACAAGGAAUGUUUUGUCUAAAAACACUUUUGCAAGUCCACAGCAUCAUGGUAAUAAUGUUAAAUUGUUUGACAGUGGACCAUUUAAUGAUGUCAGAAUUCUUAAAGAUGCACAUAAACAUAAGCAUGGUCACAGUGUUAAUUUUCUUAAAGAAAGGGUCACACCAGAUCAGGAAAUAAAAGAUAUCAAUGCAGAUGAUAGUGAAAUGAGUUGUAAACAAUGUCAGGGUGUACAACUGGACACUAAAGCCAGGCAACUUCAAAAUGACCUACCAGUCUCUGCAUAUGUGGAGCACAAUGGCAAGCACUUGCCCCGACAUGUGCCAUACGGGUCCCAUGGUCAACAUCCCACUUGUAGACAGGCCCAUGAAGGCCAUUAUGUUGGUACAAAGCAGAUGAUUUCUUCUCCUAUAACUCCAACCCACAGUCAUAUACAUGUUCCUGAUAGUCAAACCUUGACGAUGGACAAUGGCCAUCCUUUUCCUGGUCUUUUGACCAACGCCAGAACUGACCAGCCAGUUUUAGAUUCUUGGGAGGUGAAACCAGUGCAUGCAUGGACUUUCACUGAUGUCACACAGUGGUGCUCAGCUUCUGAGUUUUCACAGUUUACACAGUUAUUUGAAGGCUGUGGUGUUGAUGGCAAGAUCCUCAUACAGAUUACCAUAGAAGACUUAGUUGAGUUAGGUGUUAGUGAUCCUACGUUAGGACAGAAAUUUUUGCAUGCCAUUCAAAAAUUGGUGGAGGAACAUCCUAACAAUUCCUGGGGGACUACAGAAGGGAAAAACAAAUGGCAGUUCAGUUUGAAUGAGAAUUUGUUGCUCAGUGAUGCCCAAAAGUCACAACCAACUACGAAAAAAAAUCUAGAAGGCAACAGUGGAAGCAAAAUGCCUCUCUUUGGUGCUGGCAGACGGGUAGUUUUAGGGCGAAAGCGUUCCAAUUCAGCAGAAAACCUGAGUUUUGAGAAUGAAAGACGAGCAAGAGAACAGAGAAGGAAGAGUGCUGGUGAUGUUCUCACUUCUGAUGCUAAACUACUAGCCCCGCUUCCAUUGUGGACUAAUGGAGACGUACUGAAGUGGAUGGACAGUGUGGGCUUACAGAAGUUCAGGGCUGUAUUCAAAGCAAAGAAUAUCACAGGCAAGGAAAUUACUGAAAUUAAUGCAGAUUAUUUGGAAACACUGAGCAUUCGUAGUUCAGUUGACAGAGAAAUGGUUCUCUCAAAACUUCAGAAACUCCAACAAGGUGCCAGAAGUCUUUCCUUUGACAACUUACAGGAGGCAUACUUGGCUGAAGAACAGAUAGAGGGCGCUGCUGUGGACAAAAAAAGUAGUGUCACAUUUUUGGCUCCUACAGUGGCACCAUCAGUAUUUAAGAGAAAGACUGCUAAGAUGCCUGGAGAAAGAAGGAAGAAAGGAGGGUUCUCGUGGCUCAAGGAAGCCAUCUCCCCUCUAAGGUUUGGGCAUAAACAAAAAGAAUUUGAUGUAAUACAACUGUGGCAUGACAUAACUAACUCAGGCGCUCCAGCUGCUGUAGCUAUGAGGGUUCAUGAAGCUGCUCCUUCUGUGGAUAUUGUGAGGAGAUUUUUAGAGCAGAAUGAUACAACGGAUGACCCAAAUCUCUUCUGUAUUGUUGAAAUGAAAAAUGGUGAAGAGAGUGAGCUAGGCAGGUAUGAGUGCCCUCUGGCAGUACAGAGACAGUGGUCUGUGGGGAUGCCACACCGAUUUGAACUGAAACAGAGAACAGGCAAACCUAUAAAGGUAAUCUGCAAGAUCACAGGACUAAAACCCAAAGGCAAAACAAUCAAUGUGUCCAACAUGUCCACAUGUGCAGAGGUACUGAUAGUGGCACUUAACAAAUACAACAUGAGACAUGUUGACCCAGGACUCUUUUGCUUGUUGGAAAUUGAUAAAGACACUGGUGAUGUGCAGUUAGUGGGAGAGACUGACAUUAUUGCAGAGUUAAAUACAGACUCCUUCAUAGUGUGUGACAAAGCCAACAUGGGGAUGCAGAUCCACUGUGGAGCCCCACCCAGCACAUAUACCUCCUCUUCAGGAGGUGUCAGCAGAAAUGAAUCCAUGCUGUCCAAGUCCUCUGGCAAGUCCUUUGCUUCUGGAGAGUCCAGUUUGGUGUCAUCUAGUUCCGAGAACAACAUGAAAUCUAAAUUGGAAAUGGAAAAGCUUCAGUCCUUAGAGGAAGAGAUGGCUCACAUUGAAGCUUCCAUUGAUGAUUACUCAAUUGAGAACAAAAAAGGCCUCAGAGAAGUAAAAAACAUCAGCAUAACCAGUGAAAACUUGGAGGUUGAGAGAGAGAGAGCGCUAUUUAGUGGGAGAAUGUUGCAGUUUACAGGAACGUGUCCAAUGUCUGCAGAGAGAGGUACAACUGCAGAAACUAUCCACGGAUACUUUGGUGGCAAAAUUUGUGUGAUUAGAAUGAUUUAUUUUCUAAAGGAGAAAGAUAAUUAAUAGAAAGAUAAUUGGGUAAAAGAUAUUAACAACAAAAAAAAAGCAGAUCAAUUUUUUUAAAUAAAAGAAACAAUCAGAGGUAAGCAAAUAUAUAUUUCAAAAAUGGUGGAAUCAAAUCAGAUAAUCAUCAUGGGCUAAAACAGUAAAAUUAGGAUAGUUGACCUCUCUUACCUUGUAGAUAGAGAACAGGGGUUGUGGUUAUGAUUUAAGCUUUAAUAAGAAAAUAUUAUGUCUGCAUGUAACCAUAUCUUCCAUAGUUAACACCACCUUUGUCUGCACCCUUCAGCUUUGCUUGAAUAAUUUUUGUACCUAAUUUUAUGCUGCUCAGUGUAAAACAUUUUGUUACCAAAUAGUUGCUUUUAAAGUAGUCUUAAUUAUUGUAUAAUUAAUGCAUUAUUUUGAUACUGUUAAGAUGUUAUUGUUUUAUGUAUCAUUUCAACAACAUAGUGGUUUGAUUUAUGUACAUAAGUUUGCUAUUAUGACAAUCAUGUUACAAAAGAAAGAAAAUUUAUAUAAAUAGAAAGCAGUAGAUGGAUGGAUUUAUUGUUUGAUGCUUCCUCAGUUUAAAAAUAUUUUAAGCUUAAUUAAUGAUUUUUAAGGUGCACUUAAACUUACUUGAUGUUGGUUUAUAUCAAAUAAGAGAUGUUUAUUGCUGUAUUUUCUUCCAAAUUUGCCUUUUUUGGGCAAAGUUGUAUGAACUUGCCAUUUUGAAUCUCAUUCGUCAUAUACAUGUAUUUGUUGUUUUUCUUUUGAUUUCUGCACUUUUGUGCACUUUUAUUUUUAUGUGAAAAGCUCAGAAAAAAAUUCAGACACUUUCUUACCAUUUUACACUUGUUAUUGUGAACUAGAUUAUAGAUGUUACAGUUUUGUUCAUCAAGUCACAUUUUUGUUUUAGUCCAGUAGAAAGCCUAUUCUUGUGUAUGGUUGAGGGUUGAUUUCCUUUUUUUCUUUAGAUUGAUUUGUUUUUACCUAAAUGUAUAUAUGUAAAGUUCAAAACCAGAGGAAAUAACCAUGAAUGUAGAGGCUAUUGCUAAAGCUUGGACUUAAAUACCCAAUAAAUUUUUUUUAUAUUAAAAAAGUGUUUCAUGCUUCAGCUUUCCCCCAUAAAACCAUUAUUAUUUUUAUAGAAUAUGGUGUCAGAAUUAAUAUUUUCCAUUUUAGUUUGCUACUAUAUCCAUACUGCGAUAUGCAUAACUAGAACAAAUGUCUGAUGUGUGUCACAUAUCAGGUAUAGUAGUUGUUUUAUACAUAAAUUGUUUUACACAGACCAGCUCAGCCCUGGUAUUAAUAAGAACUUUCUAGUCCUGGUUUAAUUUGUAUUACAUUGGUUGAUCAUAUUGUAAGUAUGAAUUUAUUUAAACAGACCUAUCCAGUUCUGGUUCGAUAAUUUCAUCAGGUGUCAAUACAAACUGAUUUUAAAGACCUGUGGACAGUUAACAAUGGUAUUCUUGGCCAGCGACAGGCCGCAGCGGUGUUUGAUAGGUUUCUUGUUGUUGCUGAGCUAAAAGGAGACGGACAAAGUGAUAUUUGCUACCGAGGUGAAGCAUAUAAAAACAGACCCAGAUUCGUUAAAUUUUUAAUACGUGUGGUUUUUUUCUACCUGUGUCUGAUAGCCUACAAUAAGUGCUGGUCAAGUUGGUCAGGCCAAAUGGGGUACAGGGCGAAGAAAGGUGUCAUCAGCUGAGAACCAGUGGAAAACAUUGAGAGAUCUAUUAGUGACUUUGAAAGACCAAGACCCUAUGGCGUUUUUGGUGUAUACACAGCCCUCAACUGGCAUCACGUGUUUGCCGGAGGAGGAGACACCACCUGCGCACAACAGAACUCCAAUCAACUCCCAGCUGUCAGUGGUAUCAGAGGAAGGGAGUAUUAUAGAAGAAAUGGAAGACCCAGACCAAGUGUCCCUGUCCGAUUCCUCUUCUGUUGAACCUCAGGAAGAGUGGUGCUAAUCAGAGGUUUAUAGUAAUAAUUCAUAAGAAAUUUAUUUUUGAAAGUGAAACAAUUGGUCCUUGACUCUAGAGUGUAUUUUCACUGUUUUUGCAGUUAACAAUAGCAAACUGGAUGAUAUGCAAUGUACUGCAUCAGAUAAAGUGUGUUUUAAAAGACGGUGGCGGUCGCCAGUUUGCACGAUUUUCACCUAGAACUUAAUGUGUAAGACGUAUUUGUGUGUGUGUGUGUGUGUGUGAGUGUUAUCGAGUUGCCUAAAUGGUAUGAUUUAAUAGCCUUCAAACCAAAGUCAUUCAAUUAAUUGAUUCAACUGCAUGUAUAAUGGCCGUUGUUUAUUCUAGUCUCGAUGUUUGCUGUUUGUUAUGUAGCGAUUAAAAAUGAGUUUCCCCAACGCUUAUUUUGGCAUUAAAUUAAGAAAAUAAUGAAAAUAUGAUGCUGCCGAAUUUCAUACGGUACGUUUUUCGUUAUUAUUAUUAUUCAAGUAAAUUUGAUUCAGCCUUUGGUGUGUUGUUUUUACU